GUAACCAGCGACCUCUAGUCUUGGCUCCAGAAUUGAUCUCGAAGCUAUCGGAGCCGGGUUUGCAAUUGUUCUUUUUCCGGUUCAGAGCCAUCUUGGAGUAACCUUGAUAAAAUGGAAAACGACGCUGGUGAAUUCGUUGAUUUGUACUGCCCCCGAAAAUGUUCGGCAAGCAACCGCAUCAUUCAUGCCAAGGAUCACGCUUCGAUCCAGCUCACUUUAGCUGAUGUAGAUCCCCAGACUGGCCGUCAAACUGAAACCAUUAAAAUGUAUGCCAUCUGUGGUGCCAUACGACGUAUGGGUGAAUCUGACGACUGUAUUGGUCGUCUUGCAAAAAAAGAUGGGAUUUUGGCAAAGAACUAUUAAUUAUUUUGAUUGUACUCCGCCUUUUCCAUAAAUGUAAUUUAAAAACCUA